UUUACAUACUCUGCUGAAGCUGUCUUGUCUGUCUAUUUAAGGUCAAUUCAGUCUAUAGCUUCUUGAUUUCUCUUCGAGCCUCUAUCAGGCUGAAAUAUUUGGUUACAAUAACAAAAAGUCUCACACUAGCAAUUUCCACCGCAAUUUUGAUCAAGAUGAAGACUUUCGAAUUAGCAUCUCUCUCUAUAACCUUCCUACUAGCAUUUCUUCACAACAGCGAAGUCAGAGCCGACAAUCCUAUAAUACAGACCAUAUACACAGCAGAUCCAGCACCAAUUGUAUAUAAUAAUCGUCUAUAUUGCUUCACCGACCAUGAUUUGCCAGGCUCGACCUUCUUUAAUAUGACAGACUGGCGGCUAUUUUCGACUGUUGAUAUGGUAAACUGGCAAGACCAUGGUGUAGUGAUGAGUCUGAAAACUUUCAGUUGGGCUAGUGCCAAUGCUUGGGCCGGCCAAGUCAUCAAUCGAAACAAUAAAUUCUACUACUAUGCCCCGAUGACCCACGGUGCGACGGGAGCUAUGGCUAUCGGUGUUGGCGUGAGCAACAACAUUACUGGCCCAUAUGUUGACGCGCUUGGUCAUCCCCUUGUGGAGAACAACGAGAUCGACCCAACUGUCUUUAUCGAUGAUGAUGGCCAAGCGUACCUUUACUGGGCUAACCCGGAUCUCUGGUAUGUGAAGCUAAACGAAGACAUGAUAUCAUAUAGCGGCAGUCCCGCACAAAUCCAGCUCACCGUUGCCGGCUUUGGUGCUCGUCAGGGUAAUGAGAAUCGAACUACUUCGUUCGAAGAAGGUCCUUGGGUCUACAAGCGAAAUGGAAUUUACUAUAAUGUUUUCGCUGCCGACUGCUGCUCCGAAGAUAUUCGCUAUUCAACAAGUCCGGGUCCGCUCGGCCCGUGGACAUACCGAGGCGUUGUGAUGCCAACUCAAGGCUCAAGCUUUACAAACCAUCCAGCCGUUAUUGACUUUAUGGGAAAUUCAUACUUCUUCUAUCAUAACGGUGCUUUACCUGGAGGUGGUGGGUUUGAUCGGUCUGUGGCGGUUGAAAAAUUUGUGUACAAUGCAGAUGGCUCCAUCCCUCAAAUCAACAUGACCACCGCCGGCGCUCCACGGAUAAAUACUCUGAACCCCUACCAACGCCAAGAGGCAGAGUUGAUCGCCUGGUCAUCUGGUGUUUCAACCGAGAUGUGUAGUGAGGGAGGUCUAGACGUUUGUAAUAUUAAUAAUGGCGACUACGUCAAAGUCGAAGGCGUUGAUUUUUCUGCAAAUGGUGCCUCAGUUGGUGCCAAAUCUUUCUCGGCUCGUGUCGCUUCUGCAACCAGUGGUGGGAAUAUCCAGUUGCACUUAGACAGCGUUGGUGGCGCACUGGUCGGCAGCUGUACUGUCCCUAGUACUGGUGGUUGGCAAACUUGGACUACUAUUAACUGCUCCGUAAGCGGUGCUACAGGAGUUCGGGAUUUGUUCUUUGUGUAUACUGGCGGUGGCACCGGUUUUCUAUUUAACAUCAACUGGUGGCAAUUCAGUUAGAAAAUGGUAAUACACUUUACACUUUUAUUAGAGGCCGUUUAUCCAGUAUCCAAGCAGAUUCCAAAAGGGAGGGCUUGUAUAAGGAAGUACCACACAUUUAACAACUAUACCACUAUGUUACAGCGCUUAACCGCUAUAAUACAGCUGCAAUAGCUAUAACGUAGUGUUUAACAGCUCUAUUAUCGC